UAAAAUGUUUCACAUUAUUCUCGUUUGCUGCUAUCUUCUGGAUGCUCGUGCCAAGUGGCUGUAAUUUAACGCUCAAGCUCUCAUAAUCUUCUACGGUAUAGUCUAUCUCUUCCUCAGGAACCAUAAAUGGUACUUGAAUUAGCAGAGAUGAAAAUAUUACGUUCAUACCUUUUUGUGAAAAAACGGUUGCAGUUUACAUAAAACGGUUACAUAGAGCAUCGAGACAGUCACCAGUUGCCUUUAGGAAGCAGAAAAGAGAAUACUUUCCUAGUUUGUUCAGACCAUGAGACUACAGAAAUAUCUGCUGUAUUUACUGCUAAUUCAGCUGAUCUUCCCAUUUACUGUGUGUUAUCCAGUUUCACUGAUGAAAUUUACCACCAAAGAAUUAAAUUUAAAACCACCGUGGACAAGGGCAACUGAAGCCAUGUCAAGUGCUAGCAGAAGCAAGGGUUGUGGUUUGAGACCUCUGAUGAAGAAUCCAUCAGAAGUAUCUUUACCUAUAGUUAAAGGAAGGACUGCAGUGGUUGGGGAAUGGCCAUGGCAAGUUAGCCUGCAGCAUUACAGAACUAAAUCUGAAGCCUUAAUGCCUUUCUGUGGAGGAGCCCUGAUAAAUGAGCAUUGGGUGCUAAGUGCAGCUCACUGCUUUGAGAGCAGUUUUCUCAGAUAUCCUGAUAUGGUACAUGUUGUAGCUGGAACAAAUCGUUUUUCAGAGACUCCAGAGCACACUGAGAUCCCAAAAGCAAGUCUGAUAAUCCUGCAUGAUGGUUUUGGUGUUAAAGGUGAAGGUUUUAUACAUGAUAUUGCAUUAGUUAAACUGGAAAGACCUAUUGAGUUCAGUGACUCUAUUCAGCCCAUCUGCAUUCCAACAUCUGAUACAUUAGAGACAUUUUCAAAAUGCUUCAUCAGUGGUUGGGGUGUGCUUGAUGAAUUUGGUGAAUAUUCAGAUGAAUUACUAACAUCCGAAAUUAAAGUAACAACCACUGACAUCUGUAAUGAGACGGGAAUGUAUGCAGGAAUACUAACUGAAGAUGUAAUUUGUGCUGGUGAACAGUUUGUAAAAGAUGAAAUGUAUAAGGGUGACAUUGGCAGCCCAUUUUCAUGCUUCAAUCAUGAGGACAGCAGGUUUUAUUUGCUAGGCAUCAGCAGCUGGGGGGCUGAUCAUGGAGCAAUGCACUUACCUCAGAUCUACACCAAGACUUCAUCUUACGCAUGUUGGAUUGGAACUUCGACAAUUAAAGCAGAAAAAUCUAGUGUCGAUAACAGUGUCACACAGAAUGUACCCAGCUGGACUUCUUUUGCAUCAUCAUUAAUUGUAAUCUUUCACUUAAGCUAAUAACAGAUGUGGGAGAGGAAUUUUAAAGGUGGUAAAAAAACAACAAAAACAAUCAGAACAGAAGUACUUCAUGAGGUCAUAUAUUACGAAUUAGUAAAAUACCACUAAAAGGGCAAAUAUUAACACCAAACGUAGUGCUGAGAAAUUAGAAUUAACUAUCAGAGAUUAUUCAGAAGAGGAUUUACACCCCUACUUAAGAGAAACCACAUUUAAAGAAUAACACAAAGUCCAGUUACUCAGCAAUUAUAAUAUUACAUGCAGUGAGUGACACUAUAAAUAAUGAGCUGCAAAAGUUAACUAAAGGCAUUAUGAACAAACAUGCUGAGGCAUCACCUAAAUUAAGUUGGAAGAAGUAUAAAAUAAAUCUUAAUCCAAAACAAUUUUUUUUUUCAUUUCAUUUUACAACAUAAUUCAUUCAUUACUGAAGUUUCCCACUAGCAAACUCUUAAUUUGCUACAUGUAAAAUUUGGAAGAUUGCACAACCUGGUCACCAAUGGUUUGCAAUAUAUUAUAUCUGAAAUGUCAAAAAUUUUGAAUAAAUAGCAUCCACUCUGUUUUAUUCAUGCAGAAUUUUAUAUGUAAAGCUGACUAUAUUAAUUUUCAUAAUACAUUUUAUUAAAAUACUCAAAAUGCUUUCUUUAUUGUUUCAGGGUGCUUAAACACACUAGUAUCUUAAAUAUUUGUGUAGUUAACAUCUAAUACUUUUAAGAUACCUCUCAGUUGUGCAAAGAUAUUCUUGUGAUCAUUAAAUUUAUUCAGACUUUUCAUUAAAACAAUCUUUAUACCACUAAACUGUUUAAAAAAUCUGCUGCAUAUGCUGUAAAUCACAUUGUUUUCACUUACUAAUUUUAAUGCAAGCCUGCUGCUUUUAUUUGUUAGUAUUUCACACAUAUUAGCUGUUUUAUUUAGGAUGGUUUCAGUUCUCGGGGAUUCAUUAGGUUGAUGUUAAUCGUUUUUUACACAUCUUAGUUUUGAACAAAUUAUUUUUUAUUUCUAAUAGUUUUGUUGCUAUUUUAUUUUUUGUUCUUCUGUGUGUGCCAACAAUUGAACCUGUGAUGUUUAUUCUUUAAAUGUGUUUGGUGAAUUUUACAGCUAUAAACUACUGAACAUGUAAUAAAAAUACUAAAAAAAUUA